AUGUAUAUGUAUAUAUGUUUAUUUGCAAUGUCAGAAAUUACUACAGAGAAAGAAGAGACAUUCGUGUUGAUAGUAUCAGUAGAAAACUGUGGAUAAAUGGGGUGGAGUGGCUCAGUGGUUAAGACCGGUACCAUGUAUGCAAAAGACAUCAUGGUCGCAAGUUCGACUCCACCCCUGGCUGAUUGUACUCAAUUCCAUUGUAAUUCGCUUUGGAUAAAAGCGUCUGCUAAAUGACAUGUAAUGUAAUGUAAUGGAUACAGAAUAAGACAGUAGCUGAUCAUAUUUGCAAUCACUGUGCUCCAUGUUGAACAAGACGUAGAGCUUAUUUUGGCGAUGUUUUUGAAAGUGAAACUUUGUCAGAAAAUGUCUCAAAUGUACCCAGACCCACCUUCACUCAGCGUGGUGCAUUCCACGUAGGUGUGUUAAUCUCCAUCUAUUUGCACUGAAAGUGCAGGGCUGUUGUUUUUGGAUUCCUCAAGGAGGGUAAACGCCAAAAGAACUGCUGUAAAUAUGUAAUAUAUGACUUUUGUGUAAUUAUGUCCUGAUGGGUAAACUCCCAUAAUGUACAGUUGUGUUAUACUGUCCCAAUAUUUGACAUAAUAUGGUCAAAUAGCUGGUUUUAAGUCAGAGUCAAAUACUCUGUUUUGCAAUCACAUGUUAAUAUCACAAAAAUGGCUCAGGAGCUUCAGUGUUGUGCAUCCUUUAGAAAAAGCACAUAGUCUUAGUAACUAGCAGUGAUGUGUAAUUAUAGAUGUAUGACUUAAAAUGGUGUGAGCCUGUGUGUCUGUGUCUCUAAAAUUCUGGGAAGAGUAGAAUCAUGAGCUGGGAAUUCCUGAACAAUUUUGCACAUUAUUUUCAUAUUAUGUCGUGAAGAGAAUGAUAUUAUAAAUGUAAAAUAUGACGAUGUGAAUAAAUGUUUGUUUUUGGGGAAACAGUGCUGUGUUUGCUUGUAUGUCGUGAGUCAACUACGUGAGUUGACUGAGAUAGGGAAGUGGUUUUGCUCUGAUGCACCGCAAACUGAGCUCUGCUGCACAGUUACUGCGUCCAGUGGCCAUCAGAGGGCACUAGUUUGCUUCUAUCCGCCUACAACUAGCAGUGGUGUUGACACAUUGACACCUGCCUGAGCUGGGGUAGGAGGGUUGUGGUGGUGGUGGUGGUGGUGGGGCAACAGGAACUCUCACUCUACCUCUGCAGGCUGGUGACUGCCUGCUGAUGACUCAUUGAAAGACAACAACACACAGAGUCUGUGAGACCCUCCCCUGAGGUUCUUCCUGUUUCUCAGCAUCUGCAGCUGGAGGAGCGAUAAGAGGAGUAAGAGCUGCCUCUGCUGCCGAACCGAUGGAGAGAAAGCAAGGAUCUUCUCAUCAGUACGGUUCAUUGGAGCGCACUGAAUGGAGCAGUGACACCAGCAAACCAGAUGAUGAUGUGGUGUCCAUGGCCGACUCUACCAUCACUGUGGACGACAUCGAGGGCGAGCUCUUGAAGAUCGAGAGAAUCAGAGAUGUCCUGGUCAGGAGGGAGUCGGAGCUCAGAUACAUGAUGGAUGACAUUCAGCUGUGCAAGGAAAUCACUCGUCUAAAGAUGGAGCUGCACAAAUUAGUAUCCAUACCAGAUAAUGACAAGUCCAACGAGGACCGGCAGAAGGAAGACGAACUACUGCAGCAGAUCCACAAACUGGUUGAGACAAGAGAUUACCUUGUAGAUGAUGUGGAGUUUGAGCGACUAAGGGAGAAAGAAGAAGAUAAAGAAAUGGCAGAUUUCCUCAAGUCCAAAUUUCCCAAAAACAUAAUGAAGACAGGUGUACCAACCAGACGAGUGCCGUCCAGGGCUCAGCAGACCUCUUCUCCCUUCACCAAGACGGGCCUCACCCUGCUGAAGGAGUGCUGUGGCUUCACAUGCUCUAUCAUGUAGACUGGAUCCAAAGUGGAGAGCUCCAAAACUGACCACUGCACAACAACAAUAAUAAUAAUCAUAAUAACAAUAAUAACAAUAAUGAUAAUAACUUUGAUUUCUAAAGCGCCUUUCACAAAACACAAGGUCGCUGAACCAGGAACAGUAAGUAGAAAACAGAACAAAAACACACAGGAACAAGUGACAGUAUUUCCAGUUUCAGCUUUUUAGUCCAAGAAAGACUAAGAAACAUGGACGGAGCAGUUUCCCAAAGGAUGUGCUGAUGUGUUCAUCUUUCACUUUCACAGUUUUAUUUUGUACCACUACUGUCAAUUUCUCUCUUUCCAUACAUGCUUCCAUUCUUUAUUCGUGUUCUUCGUCACAUGCCCUCCUCGUGUAAUAUUUAUUUCAAGUCAGAAGCUAGAAACCACUUGAAUUCCCGACACACCCACAAUUUUGUUUUGCACUGAAAGACUUAAUUGGUGCGUUAGUAACAGUCGUCUCUCAUUAAAAAUGAACUGUUCUGCGGGAGCCUGCAGGUCAGUGCAGACACACAGCUGGGACUUCAUAAUUAGCACUUCAGAGAUAACACUAAUGAAUGUGACAUUAAUCUGAGGCUCUGUCAGGAUGAAGUUACCUGUGAAAAUGGCUAUGACCUUUUGGAAAGUGGUGGGUUGUUGGUUUUUUUAUUCUUUUGCCAAUUCUUACUUAGACCAACUUCUCCUGCUUCAGUAUUUUACUUGAUAUUUAUUAUUAUUAAUAGGGACUGAAAUACUGCCAGCAGAAAGAAGACAGUGAGUACAUACAGUGUGAAUAUGUACGUGCAGUAUCACAUCGAUCCAAAGCAAACAUGAGCAGACCAAGGUGUGUGUGUAUAUAGAUUAUUUCAGUAUGAAUAAUUAAUUCUGGUCCAUUACUUUCAUUUUUUUUGUUUUUUACCAUCCAUACAUAUUUACAUUGAUGUUGUGGAUCAAAGUUGAGUUCAGUACUGUAUAUAUUAUUCCAUUCAUUCAAAAAAUCAGGAAAUGUGCAUCAGGAUCUAAUCCAGAGGUCAACAAAGUGCUGUGCACAAAACAUAAAAUACUACGCAUAGUGGAAUAUUCUACAAUUAUUUCGAAAACAGUUUGGAGUAAGAAAUAUGUGUUUCAUACACUAUAUAAUUAUAUACUAUUUCUACGAGCCAGGGUUGAAACCCCUUACCUCUACUACUAUAUUUUUUCAUUAACCAAAUUAGAUCCGUUCCACAGACUGUAUCUGUGGACGGUAUCUAUCAGCCAGUGGUUUACACAACCAGAGGGAUGUGGCGGCCAAUCAAACAGUGGGGCUGGUCUCUGUGUUGCCAAGAGGAAUAAUCACUAUAGCAACCAUAUAUACCUCUCAUAUUGACAAUGAGGGAAAAUGAGGUUGGGUGGGUGUGAUAGAGAUGAGAAUCCAAAGGUGUGACAAAAACACUCGAGUUGCAUCAUCGAGAGAAAACACAGUGUUCUUUCUCUCUUGUUAUAAUUUGUACAAGUCCGUGACUUGGAUUAGAUAAACACAACUCUCUGUUACAUGCUUGCUGCAUGGGUCACAUGUCACUCAGCAACCACGCCUGAUGCUGUCAUGGAGAUUUAAAUAUGUAUCCGCGAGCAAAGUUGAGAUAAGAACUUUUGUUGAAUUUUGCUCAAACUAAAUUAUUAUUAUUAACACUCGCAGCUCGCUCACACCAGGUGGAGGGUGUGUUACACUCUCUCUCACAAGACUUUUCAGUGGAGAGACACAUGUAUAGUGCUGCAGCAGAGGGAGCUGAGAAUAGCAAACAUUAAGAGGAAUGAAGUGGCUAAAAGCGGGGGGAGAUGAAGAUAAAUACAGAAAGGGAGUGCGGGCACAGAGUCAGGCAGGGGGUCUAAUAUUCAGUGUGAGUCAUCCUCAGUGGAAACCACAGAGUUUCCACAAGGGCAGGACUUUAUGAACCCCUCAUGAAAAAACACUAUAAUCCUGUACAGCUCUCUCAGUAUAGGGGGGAGAAAUAUGUUAAAAAAACAAACGUGAAAGUGUGUGAGCAUACGUGUGCAUACCUGUGCUUGUUAACGCACUGUGAAACGGGGUAAUAAUGAGAGGAACCGUAGCUGUCACCGCUUUGUUACUAUGGUUACACUGGCUUGAUGGUUACUCUUGUUCGUGUUUCAUUUGGUUGUGCAAUGUAAAAAAAGAAAAAUAAUAAUAAUAAUCAACUGCAAGGCUGCAUGUACAGUAAAAUAGGGUAGGACGGUAAGGAUCUAUUUUUAUAAUGAUCAGGGUUCUUAAAUGUGCUCAGCUUGAGUCAAUAAAAUCAAUGAAAUGAACUCAAUCUUACCUCCGUCUGAUUGCAGUGACUGUGUUGACCAGUCAAAUGCUCAUUUGUAUGUGCCACAACAUGUCACUGUGUUUUUUGAUGGGGAAUUAAAACUGGUGCAAAUAACAAAAUCCUGUGUGCCUCACUCUGGCUGCCCUUAUUUUGUCAAUUUCUUAAUAUGCACAAGUGUGUGUCCAUUAUCUGAAGAAGUGCUGGUCAGAGGACGUAUUGUGUUUAUCUUGCUUUUAAAGGUUUUAUAAAAAGAAAAAUAUGCUUCUUUUAUUUUGUUUUAUUGAGGAAGAUAAAAGGAAAAGCACAAUUGGAAAAUGAUAUUAAGCUGGCAUGGAAGCAACGAGUAUACUACCUUUAAGAUAUACUGAAAUGAAUUAUUUCCCUUUCUUUUGAAAUGUACUUCUUUUUCACAUGUGCUCUUAGCUUAAAGUGAAAUUAUGGAUAUUAUGAAAGCAAUUAGCUAUCAGAGUAGAUGACUUCAAAAGAAAAUCGGAAGGCUCAGUGGGCAUCAGUGAUCGGAGGAUCUUUUUAUUUGACGUGGAAUUGAACCUACAAUUAUGUGCAAUUAUGCUUAAUGUCGCUAAUUUGCAGCAUAUAUAUAUAUAUGUAUAUAUAUGUAUGUGUGUGUUAAAAUAUUUAUUUUAUGAGGGUGUUGUAUAAA